AUGCUGAAAUGUCCCAUAUUACCCACUAUACAAGCUUGGGUCAAUGAGUUCACAUCAUGGAACCCAGAGGACUUCUGUGGAAUCACUUUUUGUGCAGUUAAAAAGGACAUGGUUUGGAUUCCAGACAUCAGCAUCACUGAAAGCAUCAAGACUGAGUUCGCAACAGUGGAGAAUCAGUAUGUCCAGCUGAUGAAUGAAGGCUUUGUUGUGACGACUAACACUUUUGCUGUGACCUCGGCCUGCAAGAUGAACGUGCACCAAUUUCCAUUCGACGUCCAAAGCUGCACUUUUACCCUUCAGUCUCCGAUCCAUUCAAACAACGAGCUCGUAAUCAACCCCAUCUCUGAUGCUUCAUUCCUGACCCUCAGCUCCAAGAAGGCCUUUCAGACUCAAGGAGAGUGGGAACUCCUUAGUAUAAAUACAUCUAAAACCAAUGCCACUACUCUAGGAGAUCCACAGGAUCAGCUGAUAUACAAGAUCACCAUGAAGAGGAGACCACUGCUGUAUGUCAUUAACUUCCUAAUGCCAGUACUUUACUUUCUUAUUCUGGAUUUGGCCUCCUUCUUCAUCGAUUCAACUGGAGGAGAGAAGCUGGGUUUUAAAGUAACUCUGCUUCUGGCUAUUUCUGUGUUACUGCUGCUUCUCCAGGACAUGCUGCCCUCUACUGCCAAUGAUAUUCCCCUGAUUGGUGAGGGUUUAUCUGCUGUACUCAUUGUCUUUUUCUUUCUUGACCAUUGA